AUGCCUAAUGCAUUCGUGGAGAGAUGUCACUCUAAGACCUCGUCAUUUCAUCUCCCACAUGGUGAGAUGUCUAUCACAUUAGAUGAUGUCUCACAUUUGUUACAUCUUCCGAUCGGGGAGAGAUUCCUCGAUAAUGGGAGGAUUACCAAAGACGAGGCAAUUGAGAUAGUGGUAGAGUAUCUAGGGGCUGAUCCAGAGAAGGCGAUGAAUGAGGUGGAUAGGAGUAGGGGUGCUCAUGCUAGAUUUGAGUUCCUGAGGAACAUCUAUGAGACUGAGAUCCAAAGAGCAGAACAAGAUGAUGGAGAUGCUGAGCAGGUGAUGGUCCACAAAUCGCAUGCACUGAGAGCAUACCUAUUGUUUUUUGUUGGCACUUUGAUUUUUAUGGACAAAAGUGCCACUUAUACUGAUAUCGUCUACCUAUGA